AUGCCCGAGACACAGGCGAACUCUUUUUUUGAUCUCAAUUUGUGCUUCAGCGCUGCCUCUGUCCUGAAAUACAUUUGCUGCACCUCCAGUCCGGAAGAGCAUUCUCAGCUGAUUCAGCUGGAAGUCGUGCCCAAAAUGAUGAGAAUCCUGAGCGUGAUCCGAGACUUUCUGCCCCGCUUUGCCAACUCAAAGGCGAACUUCUCCUACGAGAUUCCGAGCUUUUGCACGAAUCCACAGACGAAUCAGCUCUACAAGCCCGUCUAUCGACUACUUCCAUAUACAGCCAGCACACGAUUGUUUCGGGAGAUUUGUGGCUCCAUCUCAAACUGCUGCCAAUGUUUGUCAAACUUGAUGUCAGAUCAAUUUCCGACCACCAACUGCAUUCCCUUGAUCCAGAUGUUGGCCUUCGAUGAGGGUGAUGGUCUUCGUGACCUCUAUGACAUGCUCCGAGACGUGGAGGUCGACAUCGGCAUCAACGAUCAGAGUUUGCUGGCAGAUCUUCAUCCUGACAUCACGCUGAUGGUGGAGUCGCUACGUGCCAUCACGAUCAACUGCAAUCGGAUCAUGCGCUCGAGAGUCUUGGAAGUGAUGUAUACAGCUCUGCAUCCGCAUGGCCCUGUGUUGCCCAAGAAGAACUCCAAGAAGCAGGAUGUCAAGGAGUUGAACCAUGACUAUCGAAUACUAACCUACCUCAAGAACUCUGGUGCUGAAGCUGAUGAGAAGCGCGAGCAGUUUUUCUUGCCUUCCAGAAUCGAUCGAGCCUUUACCUUUUCACUGUGGUCUCGAAUGGACAAGGGCAUUUCGACGCAGAUUCGAAUCGAAUGGGAUUGCCAUAGUUCACAAGAGUCCACCUUAGACUUGAAGCGGAUGGUGGAAGAAGGCUUGGAUGUGCUUCCAAUCGAUGCAUCUUUCCGCAUCAUUCGAAAGCAGCAGGACGACCACUUGCGCUUGCGUUAUGAAGAGCUUCGGGAACUCCGAGACGCAAACAUGCAAAAGCGCCGUCGUGUUUGGCAGUGGAUUGACAAGGGUGGAGCAGAUGUGCCCCCACGUCCUUUAAAGGAUAUGAAAGAGCUGAAAGAGCAGAAAGGAUGGGCCUACAUGUCUUUUAUCUUGGAGAUCGAAGAAGAGGACUUGAACAAGCGCGUGACCUCUGAAAGAGAGGACUUCGAGGAGGACAAUGCUCAGUCAGAGGCGUCUGCACGGGAGAAGGCAGUGGGAGACACUCAGGCGCACGCCAAGCUUCAGGUCUUCUACGGUUUAGCCAAAAGUUCGAAGCCUGCCCGGCCCAAGAUGCUUGAAAUCUCCAAGCCACGCUAUGUGUACCAUGUCCAGGAUCAGGACAUCAUUGGUGCUGGGGAGUUCACACUGACAACAUCUUCUUUAGGAGAAGGAACACCAACUAAUGAUGCAGCUCGCGCAAAUGCUGUGAGUAUGGGGUCGCAGCAGAUGAACCAGGACUCUGCUGCUUCAGCAGGUGAUGCACCAAGUGAGAAGCAGAGUGGCAACACAACUCCUGCCGCAAGUGUUGCGACAACCAGCAAGCUUCGCACCACAACAGUGAACAUGCAGCAGCAGCAACCACCACCUGUUAACUUUUCCGAUGACGAUUUCUCCAGAAUUCAACUGGAGACGUUCCUUCCAUUGCUCAUGCCGUUCAAGACCAAUGCAGCGGCCAACGCUGGACUUCUGACCAUCUCUCCUUAUGAAGUCAACACGCCAGAGCGCAGAGAAGCAGCCCGUAGAGCUAUUAUGAUGCCAGAUGUCUUCUUGUCUCGUGAUUUGGUCCCAGAGUUGGUGCCAUGCUGCAAGGUGGCCACCUCCACCGACCUUUUAAGUACCUUGUCCGCACACACUCUGUAUUUGCUGACGAUGGCUUUUGCUCGUCCAGAGCCCUUACAUUCAAGUGAAGAAGUCGAUGCCACCAUGAAACUUGGACAGUUCCAGCAAGUCUUAGAACAAUUUCGCAAGAAGUGCACCACUGGUACAGCGGAGGAAAACUUAGGUGGAAUUCGAGUCAUUGUGGAUGUGCUUUGGAAACUUUUUACCAGGAGGAAGAAAGUUCUGGACGAAAAACAAUACAAAUCAUUCGCGCAGAACAAGGAAAGUUUCGAAAAGGGCCCAUACUACUGGGUGAAGUUCGUCCAGAGGAUCCUGGAGCUUCUGACAGACUUAUGCAUCGGCCCUGAUGGCAACGCUAUCAAUGAAAUCCAAGACUUCAUCACUCGGGAGCUGAUUCAAACCAGUGAGGCCCUGAGUAUUCGAAGGCGCCCUCCACCAGAGUGUUCAGACAACAUUUGGGCAAAGACCAGCAUCACAGUUGAUGAUCACAUGCAUGCACGGGCUGAAAUCGAACGCCGAACUCGCUUCGUUGGCAGUGGGAAGGGCCUGAAACAGCUCAUGAGCCAGAAGGAUGAGUUCACCUUGUUGAAGCUUGGCACCUCGAUCUUCUUCAAUACCUUCGAUAAUGCCUUGGAAGAGGCCCAAGCACCGGAGGCAGAGGAUGAAGACGACCUUGCCCAGAUCAUCCGUAAUAUGGUCCCGCGCGUGCUGUGGAUGCAGCAGAGGGCGCAACCGCCGCGCUAUGAAGGCCGUGGCUAUGUUCAAGAGGACCUCGACUUCUUGCAGCCAAAUCAGAAGAUUCAGCCUUGCAGAUUCCUUUAUUUUGCACUGGUGAACUUGCUGGCACAUCUCACAGCUGAUCGAAACACUGACAACUCAGUACUCUUGCAGUCAGUGAUACCACCCAGCGUGGUGCGGGGUCAGCUCAUCCAGCGGGAGGUCUUGCGAAAUGCAGGGCUGGUUUUUUGCCCAGCCUAUUUGGCUGAACAACGACGCCAACAAGGUCAAGUGAAAGAAAGCCGAGAUGUCGCUGACCUAAGCGACCUCGCCGCGCUUUCUUCACACACAGCCUUGCUUCUGCAUGGUUUUUUGGGUCAGCCACCUUUUGCGGACGAGUCAAUUCGAAGUUCGGUCAUCAGCCAGGUAUACUUGGAUGGAACGCGGGCAGACGAUGAUGACAGUGCCUUUGAUGAGCUUCCUGGGGGAGGGUCAGCUCCUUUGACGCCUGAUGACCUCAAGAAGCUUUGCCACAUGUGCUCUUGGCAAUUUGCUUCUUUGGCCGAAUUGUGCCGUGACAUGGCAAGUCCCGGUCAGCCAAAGCCACGCUCCGACUUUUCGGAUUGCAUGGGGCACCUCGUCAGUGUGCUAAGCAUGUUGUUGUCCAAGCUCAUUGGACUCGGUUAUUUUGAACGAUUCCGCAAGGAGUCUGAGGAUCGACAACGGGAACUGCAAGAACGCCUCGAGCAGGGCGCCUACGUGAACGAAGAAGAUCUUGAACAGAACAAGUUGCCGACCUUUGAACUCCGUUGGGUCACUGAGCUGUUUAGUGCCAUGCACCGACUUGUGCAGGUGCAUCCAAUCGUUGCAACGGAUUUGUACUUGGCUGCCUUGAAGGAUGUUUGUCGCUUGUUGAACAUGUGCUGCUCAUUGUGUGUGAAUAUUCACGUGGAGUCCUUCAUGGAAACUUUUCUGGAAUUUCUGCCUGGCUCAGUCAAGGAGCUUGUGGGAGGACCCAACAUGAUUGGGCUCUCACAUGGAGCUGAUGAUGUGGGGAGACCAAUCUCUGUGGAGAGUAUUGAAGAGGUCCCAAGCUACAUCACCAUUAUCACAGACUUGGCGCAGAUAGCACUGCCCUGGCAGCCGCCCGAUUCGGGCGAUCGGGCAUGUCGAAAGGCCUUAUCUGGAUUUCUUCAUUGCCUUCUGGACUUCAUCGCGAUGAAUGACUCUGCUCUUGCCAUCGCAGCUGUCAUGUUGCUGUCGCGCAUUUGCCGAAGGCGCAAGGACUUUUUGGAGACUAUUCAGCGUUUGCAAUUGCUUUAUGUGGGUGAUGAGCCCAAGUUUGAGGCCUUGGAACCUUGGGUGCAGGAAGCAAAUCACCAGGUCAAAAAGAUUAAGCAAAUCGGCAAAGAGUUUGAGGACGAGAUGGACUAUAUUCGGCAAUGCAAUUUAGACACUGGGUGCUUGUUUGAGCCAUUUUCCGUUUUUCAUGAUUUUCCUCCAAUUGGUAGGAAUGGUUCUCCGGUCACCGCUGGGACUCAGAAAAGCCACCAGGACAUGUACACCGUCGGCUUUGCAGAUGGUAUUGAAUGGAGUGAAGAUGAUUUGGGCGACCGCAAAACCGUGGAGCAACAAGUCAACGACCCCCGCACCAUCGAAUACACCGACAAACACCAGGCUUCGGGAAUGGUCCUUCGGCUGUCUCAGUCAUCGAUGGGACUCAUUGAUGGCAAGGUGGUGAACGUGGAUUUUUUCAUCAAGUCCGUGUGCAAGACUGGAGAAGAAGACGACAACGAGGAUGAAGAUGCCAUGCUGGUGCCGAUCUAUGUGGGUGCCAUUUCUUCCAAAUAUGUUGGGGAGGACAACCGGCUCACGGGUGAUCGCCGUGGUCAUGCAGCUGAAGGUUUCUUCGGCUGUGAUGAAUUUGGGCAUCUCUACAUCAGUGGUCAUCGCACCGACGACAAGUUUGGCGGCUUCAAGAAGGGCAGCACCGUCGGAGUGGAGAUUGAUUACACUGAUGAGGCAAAGAGAGCCAUGUUCAUCAGUGUCGAUGGCUUCAGAGUUGGCGCCAUCCGUAGGGAAGUGGAUGAGGGCAUGGUGCCAUGUGUGAUUUUGAACGGAAUGGGACAGGUGGUUCGAGUCAACGUGGGUCGCCCCCGGCGUGGAAAAGGCCUACUGGUCAAGCGGGAGGAUACCCUUCAAGACGAGUGGCAGUCCAUCUACAAGGAUCAUCCCGAGCCGGACACCACGGUGAUUCACCUGAGCUAUCAGGUUGGGAAGGACCAAUGGUUCACACGGGUGAAGUCCGAUGAGGGAAGCAAGUACAAGGAGGAAUGUAUAUACGAAGGGUGGAAUUCAGCGUUUGCAGUCCAGCUGAAGGAUGAACAGUUGGCCAAAUUGGAGAAGAUCAAAGCCUUCUCAAGACAGUUUCAAGUGGAUAGCCGCCGUGUGAGCAUUUGGUGCAUCAAUGUGACCUUGACCGGUAUGUUCAUCGACUCAGCACAGAUUUGGCGGAGUCACCACUUGGCACAGCAGAAGGCUUGGAUGUCCUUCUAUACUGACAAGAGCGGCUCCCACCACCGGAAGGUGGCGACAGACUGGAAGGACGCACCUCGUGAUGAACAUGAUUUGGAAGAUGAAGCUGUCCAGGUGAUCACCGAACUGGAUGCCAAAUUCUGCCAUGGAGCUUACAAGCUGUUUGUGUGCUUUAAUGCAGAAGAUCCGCAGAACUUUUCUCCCGAAUAUGACAAGCAGAUCACGAUCAGGCUCAAGCUCACACCUCACCUUCCUCUACUGGGACCCAAGAAUCAGCUCAUCAAGCUCUUUAGUCACUUCUCCGCGGUGGUGGAGCAAGGCGAUGGGCAUUUGAUCCACUACAAGAAGGUGGAGCUUGUGGCGCUUCAAGUGCUUCAGUUGCUGAAAGGCUCGGAGAGGCUACGAAACAGCCUUCUUCAUGAUUCCAACGCAGAGGAUGAUUCCGCCGGCUACACGGUGUUCCAUGCCGCUGUUGAGUUCUUGAAGUCAUUUUGUGAGUGCGAACCUCACUACCGCGCCUUGUUUGUGAAGAAGGAGGUCUUUGAGUUCCUGGUCUCUUGCAUUGCGCUGGCUGAACAGGUUCCAGUGUCUCAAAUGCUUGUGUCGGUGUUUGCCAACAAUGACAUGAGGGUGAACAUGCAGUUUGUUGAAGAGCUGAUCAAGGCCAUGGAAGAGAAUUUUUCCAAGAACAAGCAAUCCUCCUUAAAUGCACUGCUGGUACUGACCAGUGUCGUGACGACUUUCAAUGACAAUGUCGAGACUCGUGACAAUGGCAGUAUCAUUAUGCGUCGAUUCAUGGAGAACAACACUGAGAAACGCAUCGAAAAUCCCUAUCUCCCAAUGGCUUUUGAGGCCUUCCGUGAUCAAGUUGAGUUCAUGAUCGGUGACAAUGAGAGGAUAGGUGACCACAUCAAGCAAAUGAAACAAGACGAGGUCAGAUCGGUUGCCACGAAGGACAAGCAGAGCCGAGCAAGUCAUGAACAAAAAAGGAAGAGCACAGUCGAAGCUGCAGAAGCUUCUGAAAGUCAGUCUGGUUCAGAGAAGAACAGCGGAUCUGAUUCUGAGGAUGAGCAAGGUGAGCCAGCCGCAAGCACAUUGCCUGUGGAUACACUGGGGACUUCUGCUACUGCAGAUGACAGCGAUGAAGAUGUUGCAUCCUCAGUCGAUGACGGUGUGGAACACGAAGCAGCGGCCACCUUUGGCACCAAGAAACUGGUGCUGUCGAACUUCUUUUCCAUUUGCUUCCAACUUGCCAGUAUUGAAUUGGUCAUUCGCUGCUCUUCCUUUGGCUUUAACAAGACAGUUCUGAAGCAUUUCAGCAAGAGUGUGACAGAGUCCCAGCGGGGCAAAGACGAAAUGGAAGAGGCAGAAGAAGGUGCAGUAGAAGCGGAAGAGGGAGAUGAAGAUGAUGAUGGAACUGUGGCGAGACAAAAGUAUUUUCGACACAUCAUUUUCUGGCUUUCCGCGCAGGACAACAUGAUUAAUAUUCCACUCAUUGUUCAGGAUGCCUUUUUACGAAUGAUGUGUGUGCUGCUGAAGCCUCAUGAAGUGGAGGAUGUGUUGCACAACCGUUUUACAGCCAAGCAGCGGCGAAUGCGAAGCAAUGCGAUCAAGCCCACCGACACAGUCUUGCUCCUUCUCAAAUGGUUUACAGAGUACUUCCGACGGUUUCCUGAGCUCCACUUGUUCUCCAACCGGAUCUCUCCUGUCGUGGAGGCCAUUGAUGAGCGAGUGGUCUAUGAUUUGUCGCCAUUCUUCGUUCGAGACCAUCUUUUGCUGCUUUUCACUCAGGUGUUGCAAGCUUACAAUCUUCAGAGAACAUGGGGAAAAGAUUGGUUCUCAAACUAUGCGAGAGGAGGCGCUGACGAUCAACCACCCAAUGUUUCUGAGCCUGUCUUCGCGGAAUUGGUUCGGCGUCACGCGUUCGAACUGCCGGACAAGGAGCAAGAGGCCUCGGGAGUUCAGGCGAGAGGAAAAGGUGCCCAAGGGGAAGGUGAGGAGGAUGCCAGGCUCAACAUGACGGACAUCUUGGAAGAUUUGUUCAAGGUGUUAUUCAAACAGCAAGACUGGGCUGCGGAAGACUGGGGUGUGGACCAAGAACUCAUGCUCAUCAUCAAGUUGAUUCUAUCCUUUGGCCUGUUGGAUGCUCAAGAAACAGCAGCAGCGAAACUUUGCCUUCAACGUUUGGGUGUCGGCUUAGAUCAGGACUUUCAAGCCGUUGAGCACAUCCAGUUCACAGACUUCGACCAUCCUGAGCAGGGAGGAGGGGUCGGUUUGGAGGACGAUGAGGAAGGUGAUCGCCGCAAUCGAAAGAAGAUGGUUGGUUUGCAUCGUGGCUUUGUUGGACAAGAUGAUGAGCACUACACAGCAGCAUUUACAACAAUGAAGCCCUCGGAAGACUUUGGAGGUCGACUUCCUGAUGUUGCCCGCCUCAAUCCCUCGGAGAAGCGGGUACGUCAACAAGAGCAUCUUCAGGACUUUCUCUAUGAGUUGGUGGAGAUGCCGGACAUUGCACUCGCGAAGUCACUACAUGUUGACGUCAAUUUAUGGCGUCGACAGCAAAUCCACCAUGCCACAUUUCUCCUCAAGGGCAGCCAAGAGCGUGUGUGGCAUGUGGGCAAGGAGAUUGUGCAGCAGCUGAAAGGCCUAAGCUUGAAACUCAACUCUGGAGAGAAUCUCUUACAGGAGUUCAGUUGCGAAGUACAUGUCCUACGUCCCGGCGAUGGACAACACAUCGCACUGUCCAUCGAAAAGGGUGAACGAGAGACACGGGCAGGUCAUACACAAUGGCGUGGCCAUGGCACUGCUGGCGGAGGUGUCAGCAACCAGAUCUACUUCGAGGUGGAAAUCAAUGGCAAAGAUGUCGUUUUCUUGCGAGACAUGUCUUUUGAUCUUGGACGUGUCAAGGUAACUCUGCAACUUCUGGGUUGCCACACCUUGACGCUUCGAAGUCGAUGCCUCUUCGACACACACGAGUAUCAGCUUGUGGUGUCGAACCCUCGGAUGACGGCAUUGACAACUCCAAAGGCAUUUGAUCCUGAAGUUGUUCUUCGUGCAGUGAAGGUUGGUGCAAAGAGGCAUGCAAACACCGUACGACCGCGGCCAAGUCAAGAAGAUCACAAUGAUUCGCUUGAGAUCAAGGAACAUGCAGCACAAAAGGAUGUGGAAGGCAUUGGUGGAAAGAAGAUGAGCAUGGCCAAAAAGGUCAUCCACGAGCUGAUGCCGCGGUUCACUGAGAAGGUGAUUGAUCUGAUCGAGGAUCGAUGCUUUAAGUUCGAGCGUCAAUCCAAAGGACUUGAUGAGCAACUCCUCCAGGCCACACGAGAACAUGAGCAUGAAUUUAUCAUCUCCGUGCUCCGACAAGCGGUCUCCUUCGUGAUGCUGGAUGUCUUCUUGGAGAAAUUGGAAGUGGACAAUGCAGACUUGCUGUACAUCCAACACCCGAACAUGGUGGAAGUCUACGAGAUCAUCCAGGAGGAUUCGGUGGACCAAGAUGAGCUGGAUGAUGUGCCUGGGAUCCUGAAACGUCGCAUCGACGAUGGAUCCGACUCCGAGGAGGGAGUGCGAGAGUUGAUGGCUUUGGAAGAACGUCAGCUCUUGGUGCAGACCUGGAUCAUGCGUUUGUGCCAUGCCAUCCGCACCGUUGCAUUCUUGGGUAUUCAAAAGAUGGACAUUCUCAGUGCGACAGACGGUGUGGAUGAUGAGCAGGAUGAGAAGCAAAGUGAUGAUUUGGGACUCAACGAGGGCGGCUCUGCAGAACUGACCCGGUGGUCCUCCUGUCGAGCUGUCCUGAACAUCCUUCAGGAAUUGCUGAGCCGAAAUGAAGAGAUUGAAGAGGUAUGGGCCAGAUUUGUGGCUUCAAGUUCAGAAUGCAUUGUCAACAACCCCAACGGGAAGCUAAAUUUGACCUUCCUCACCGAGAAGGCGACGUUCUUUUGCCCCUUUAGUUACCAACAGAGUCAAUCUGCUGGAAGUUUCAGCUUCACCGCCGCCAAGCUCAAGAACUUCUUCGAUGAAGCUCAAGUGCCAGAGGUGGAUCCUUUAAUGUUGGUCUCGAUUCUGCUCUACCAUCCCCAAGCGUUGAUGCGGCUGGAGGCCUUCAAGCUGGGCUGUCGCAUCCUCCGUGAUCCCAAUGUCGUUCUGCAGGAAGCCUACAAGACGCACACGAGCGCUGACAUGCAUUUGCAGAAGGCCAUUGGUUUUCAAUUUUGCGUCUUCGAGGACUUGUACAAGCGCGAUACCUACACUGAAAACCACAUUGAUAUGAUGGCUGGGAUGCUGAAGCUCAUCCAGCAGUUGUGUGAAGGUCACUUGCAGCCUCUUCAGGAGUUCUUGGGAGCCGACUACACGGUCGAAGAACUGGAUAUCUUUUCGGCGAAGACGUUGCCUGGAGCUGAUGAAGAGGAUGAACACAAGGUCGCACAAGGGCGACGACAAGAUCAGGAGGAGCAGAAGAAUGAACAGCCUACGAAUAUUGUUCAGUGGACUUCUCAAAUGAUUCAUAUGAUCUUGGAGAGCAUGCAAGAGGUGACACUGAAUGGCCGUGAAAAGCAAUAUGUUUUGGUCCAGCAACUCUUUGAUACUGCUGCCGAACUGAUUCAAGGUCCCAGUAUGGAAAAUCAAGCCACCCUUCUGGAGAACGGGAUUUGUGCAGAUAUCAACUUGUUGUGGCAGAAUUUGCGGAGAGACGAAGGCACCUUUCGAGGCUUGAUCCAAGACAAUGAGGAGCUCUUUGAUACCUGGAUGGAUCUGCUAAGAGUCAUGCGUUCAGCGGAGAUUGCGGCCUUGAAAUGUGCCAUGUCCUUACUGGAAGAACUCCAGUUAUCCGAAGAUGACAAUGACUUUGCGAAGCAACAGGAACAGGUGGUGCUGCACAAAACGACCACCUUGGCGCGAAUGAUCCAGGAAUUGGCACCCAAAGUUUUGUGUUGGAAGAUCAUCACACAUUGGAAUCUGAGCUCUGAGGCUGCAGACCCACAAUUUGAGAUCACUCCAAAUGAUGAGGAUGAAGUCGGUGAGAGCGAUAAGGAUGAGAAUGAAGAGACCGACGAACAGAUUGUGAGGCCUAAGAGAGAGAAGGCUUGCUUGACAUACACCUUGGAUGAGCAGUAUGAGGACUGCUUGAAAGUCUGUGGCUUGUGCUACUCUCUUUUUCAUGCGGUCUUCAAUGCACCUGAGACCAAGACGCCCUUGUUUCGAGAUGUGAAGAUUGAACAGCCGGUGGACCGGGUGGCAUACACCAAACAAGACUGGAGUGUUGCAAAGACCAAGAUGUUUGAUCAGUUCUUGGACAAGGUGCAGAAGAUGCUCGGGGAAAAGUACCUGCACUUCCUCUUUGGCCAGGUGGAGAUCGUGCGCGGCUCCCGGCUGCAGCGGAUCUACUUCCUGGUGCCGAAGUCGAUCCGGGUGCUGAAGAAUCACUCAUUGAUCCACAAAUGGCAAGAAGAAUGCCUUGUGGCGGUGGAGCGUUCAUCACCCGAGGCACAAAUCGAUGAUUUUGCCGACAUGGUCAACGGACAGUACAUCUCAUUCGUGCAAAAGCAAUAUGACCUCUUGGGAAAGCCAUGGCCCUUUAACCGAGCAGGUGAAGUGAUUGCAUUGUGCAUUAACUCCACCAUGUUAACAACAGCCAUCAUCAACAGCAUCCUGGUUUUGGUUUACGUUGGAUCGUAUUCUGAGCACUCCAUCACUGCUCAAGACAUCCACUAUCCGAACCACUUGUCUGUGUACGCGUUGACAGGAUUUGCCGCGGUCCACUUCAGCCUCUCAGUGUUGUGGCUCGGCUUCUAUAUCCUGUCCUAUAGUGGCUGGAUCAUCGAAACGAAGGUGGACGAGUGGCGUGAAGAGCAUCCACAGUUGCAAAGUCAGCUGAACUCUACACUUUUUCGCUUGAGCUUGCAGGCCAAGAUUUUCUUCAGUGACGGUCAGUUGAUGUACACGCUGUUUUUGCUGGUGUUUUCAUUUUUGGGCCUGUUCGUGAGUUUCUUAUUCAAUGCUGUAAACACAAUUGAUUUGUGUAUGCGCAUCCCCAUCUUGGCCAAAGUCAUUGAAUCCAUCACCGUCUCGCGGGACCAAGUGGCCGGCACAAUGGUCUUGGGAUUCUGCAUCCAAUAUAUGGCCGUGGGCGCCGGCUUUCUACUCUUCAGUCAGGGGUAUGGAUUUGCGGACAAGGACACCUCAGCGUGCUCGACCUUGAUGGAAUGCUUAAGGGCCCAUUUCGACUAUGGCUUCAGAAGCGCGCCAGUUUGGAGUGGACCAAAGCUCACAUACACCCGCUUCACUUUUGACUAUGUCUACAAUCUGGUGAUCAUUCUGAUCAUGGCAGCGAUUAUUUCUGGAAUCAUUAUCGACACAUUCGCUGAUUUGCGAGAAGAGCAGAAAACCAUCCAAGAUAAGAUGAAAUCGAGCUGCUUCAUUUGUUCUUUGAGCAAGAGUGAGCUCGAACGCAAGAGAGUGAAGUUCGAAAACCACAUCCUGAAGGAUCACUACAUGUGGGCCUAUGCAAGAUUCCUUCUUUACCUCGAUGAAACAGACCCAGCAGAGCUGAAUGGCCCUGAGAGCUAUGUCAAGCAGCAGAUCAAGGAGAACAACACAAGCUUUUUCCCGAUCGCACGCUGCAUCUCAAUGGAGUCUAGCGAUGCUGGUGAGGAACAUUUGGAACGUGAAGUCAGAGUGAAGGACUUGGAUGAAUUCAAAGAGAAGAUGAAUGGUAUGGCAGCAGAUACAGAGAUCAUGGUCCAGUCGGAAAGAGGAAUGAAGGCUGACAUGAAGGAGCUACGAGAUGCCGUAGCACAGCAAUCCCAGAAAGUACAAGCGUUGAACCAACUCCUGACGUCUAAUGAUGAUGAUGACAAGAAAAAGAAAAAGCGAAAAGGAGGCUGAGGCAGCUGAGGCAUAGGUAGGCAUAGAUAGGCAGGCAUAGCAUGCAUAGCAUGCAUAGCUCAUUCCAGACCAGUGGAAGACCAACAACGUCACGUCGUGUUGCUCGCUGAACACCCAUGCGAUCAAGGACUCAAGGAGGAGACAAAGCGCUCUCCCCGGACAAAAAGCAGAGCCAAUGUGCUCACGCCAGGUCAGACUGAAUUCCAUUUCAGGAGGGGUCGUCUUUCGGCUUAAAAUAGCCACGCCAAAUGCACACUUAACACAAUUUGAAGUCGCA